GUCUCAAAGAUAGCAAAUUUUCAUUUGUGUCUCUAAGACAUUAAAGUUUUUUAGAGUCCUUAGUUGUUCAGUGUUCACCGCAUAAUCCCCAACAUCAAUUCCAUAUUGGGGGGUGGUGGGUGAGAUAUGGCAAUUGGGAUGUGGUGGGUGAGAUUUGGCAAUUAUGGAAUGACAAUGAGGAUUUCUAUUGCUCUCGGCGUGUGCUAUUGGUUAUAGUGGCUGGUAGGAUUUCUUUGAAAAACAAAGAUUUUGUCAUCUUUCAUGCAUCAUUUACCAAAAGCAAACAGUCUUCUGUCAUUAUCAUGCAUCAUUUCCCAGCCAAAUAUGGCUAUCUUGGCCAUAACCUCUCCCAAGUCCCACCAAGAAGUGAACUACUCUCCGACUAGGCAGUUAGCCAAGCCAACUACCCACGUCUCUUAUAACUACCCCAGAGGAUAGUUAUGGACAUCUCUCACUCUCACUCUCACUCUGUUAAUGGAAACAAUGAAUUUGUGGGACAGCUUGGUUGAAGAGGCACUAGCAAAGCUCGAAUCUCUGAAACUCGUGCGGCAUCUGAGACCCAUUCACCUCCCCAGUGACCAACAACCAAAACCCAUUGAAAAUGAACCUCAAAGCAACUCAAUAUCAGACCAAGAAGAAGCAGGAAAAGAAGUCUUCCAGAUGUUCGAUGAAAUGCAGCAGUGGGAACGGUCCUCUGUGGAGGUCCACAUUGCAGAAGAAACGUUUCAAAGCUGGGUCUGUGAAAUUUCCACUACUGGAGAAGAAGUAACUGCUAAUGAAGAGGAGUCCCAUCCUCAGCAGUUCAAAAAGCUAAUUUUGUUCUGUGGAAAUGAUUAUUUGGGCUUGAGCUCACAUCCAACCAUUAAAAGGGCUGCUUCGAAGGCAGCCCAAGAACAUGGAAUGGGCCCAAGGGGUUCUGCUCUAGCUUGUGGCUAUACUAAUUACCAUAGGCUACUUGAAUCAUGCUUGGCAGAUCUAAAGAAGAAAGAGGAUUGCCUCCUUUGCCCAACAGGGUAUGCAGCCAACAUGGCCUUGAUGGUAUCAAUAGGAAGUAUUGCCUCCCUCUUGGUUGUAGGUAGUAAACCUUCAGAGGAGGACAGGAUUGCCAUAUUUUCUGAUGCCCUGAAUCAUUCAUCAAUUAUAGAUGGUAUUUGUCUGGCUGAGCGCCAACAAAGUGUGGAAGUGUUCAUUUAUCGACAUUGUGACAUGUCUCACCUUAAUGCACUAUUAUUGAAAUGCAAAAUGAAGAAGAAAGUCGUUGUAACUGAUGGUUUGUUUAGUAUGGAUGGGGACUUUGCACCAAUGGUCGAAAUUGUGAAGCUUCGCAAGAAGCAUCAGUUUUUGUUGGUUGUUGAUGAUGCUCAUGGAACUUUUGUUUGUGGCGAAAAUGGGGGUGGAGUAGCUGAGAAGUUCAAUUGUGAAAAAGAGGUUGACAUAUGCAUUGGUACUUUGAGUAAGGCCACAGGCUGCUAUGGUGGAUUCAUAGCAUGCAGCAAAAGUUGGAAGCUAAUCAUACAAUCAAGGGGUCGCUCCUUUAUAUUUUCCACUGCAAUGCCGGUCCCCGAUGUUGUAGCCGCCCAUGCUGCUGUUACUGUGGCAAAAAAGGAAACAUGGCGUAGAAGGGAAAUUUGGAAGAGGGUACAAGACUUUCGUGUUCUUACUGGAAUCCCCAUCUCAAGUCCAAUAAUAUCUCUUAUUGUAGGGAGUGAAGAGAAGGCCCUGCUAGCUAGCCAGCAUUUGUUGACAUCUGGUUUCUAUGUAAUUCCAAUCGGACCCCCAGCAGUGCCUCCGAACUCAUGCAGGCUCAGGGUGACUCUCAGUGCAGUGCACACAAUGGAGGAUCUGAAGAAGCUUACCACGACACUCUCGCAGUGCAUUAAUUUCAAAGAUGUUGACAUUCAAAUCUCAAAUAAAAUUGCAAAGCUGUAGUGUUUGGAUUCUUUUUCUCCCCUCCUGGAUUGCAUUAAUUCAUUUCUGCAAUAUGGAUUGGAAUGUUUGAAGUUUACUAUAUUAAAACAGUGAUGAUUAAGAUACUUAUGGGGCAGCUUAAGCCAGACAA